GAGAUAUUAUUACUACUAGGGUUCUGGUUCUAUACUGUAAAUUAAGUCACAAUAAAACGAUGAAAUGAUAAGAAAUUAAUCAAAUAGAUUUGUAUAAUUAUCACUAAAUCAAGAGUGAUACUUCAUAUAGUUUAACCUAUUCAUAAUUCAAACUUAAUACUUCCUUUUGGUUUUCUGGUUACGGUGAUUGAUGGGGGCAUUCAUCCAUGGAAUGACUAGUGUGGAUAGAAGGAUGACUAUAAUGUAGUCAAUGAAGGAAGAGUCACAGGUACAAUGCAAAUAAUACCAACAAAAGUAACCAACUUCAUGCAUGUAAAAUUAGAAACAGGAAAUAUAAUAUUCACACUUUAAUUAUGAAAUGCUAACAGGAAAUAUAUAGCUUUAAAAACUAGUACAACACUCUUGGCACAGUAACCGAGUAGUGAUGAGCUUCAGAAAACUGUUUUACACACACACACAAAAUAUCUAUAGUAGAAUGUAAGCAUAUGGAAUUUCACAGUUUUCAUUGUUUGUAUACAGUUUGGAUAUGUUGUACAGUAUUGGAAUCAUAUGCUUAACCCUGGUUCUUCCUGCACAGGGGACUCCAUCCUUUGGUAGUGUUUCUAUUGGAUCUACUAUAAUAGUUGAAGGAGGUGAUGCUGAUCUUAACUGUCCAGUAGUGAACCUGACUGAUGACUACUCAAUCUCUUGGUAUAGAGAAACAAUAACCGGUGAUAGGACAGUUAUUUACAGGGAUGGCGUGCUGAUAAAUAAUGACCUAGGUAGAGAGGCAGAAGCUUACACACUCCACAGUGAAAGUGAUGUAAGAAUAAAACAGGUGAGAGGUCGUGAUCUUGGUCAUCUGCUUAAUGGUAACAAUUACAACUGUGAAGUAACUCAUAAGAGUACAGGAUCAAGUGUCACUAUCUCUUGUUACUCUGAACUUGGUUAUCCAUCGGUCCAACUACAAUGGUCUAAGAAUGGAGAAGACAUUGAAAACCUAACAACAAUCCCGAUUCAUUCUUACAUAUACUUGAAUUAUACAUUUAUUCUUAAAUCAGAUGACUUAGAAAGUAGCUUUUCUUGUACUAAUGGAAUACAAAGCUGCAAUUUAUCAACUGAGCAGGCAUGUGCACCACAGUCAUCAAGCACUAUUACAUUUUGGACUGACAAAAAAACUUCUCCACCUGAUCCAGGGAUGCAACCUGCAUCGAGUGAAAUAGGCCUACCAAUUGUGAUCGGGGCUAGCAUUGGAGCUGUUCUAUUCUUGGCCUUUUGUCUAUUUAUUGUUGUAAUUUUUUACAGGAGAAGAAACACAAAGCAAAGACCAAAUAUCACAUAUCAACAAUCUACAGAUGAAGGAAGGAACCAAAAUAAAAGCACAAGAAGUGAAUUUACAAUUGAUAAUGCAUCAAAUAAUGAAUAUGCACAAGUUACAAAGCGACCAAAACAUCAAUACCAACAGGAUACUCACAAUAUGCCACAUGUGGCUACAAAAGCUUUGAAUGAAGAAUCUGUGAUCGUUGAAAACUAUAUUUAUGAUGGGAUAUAGUAGCGAGUUGUGCGUGCAAAGCAGCAUGACUAGGAAUGCUCCCAAGGGAGCCGGGAAAUUUGCACAAAAAUGCGUUGGUGGGCCGACUUAAUAACCAGUGACAAUUGGGAAAUAAUGAUGCCAGCAUCUUGUUUAAUUUUUGGAUUGUGAAAGGCGUUUUAUAAUGUAAGAUUCUAAAAAAAAAAUUAUGUUAAUUGGUUUUAAACUAAAACUUUCAAUUAUUGUGAAUUAUUUUAUGGAUGUACACUGUACCGGAUACUAUGCUGUAGAACUAGGGUGGGAGAUGAUCGCAGGUUUCUUUGCAGGUUUGUCCUGCUUUUGGUGAUGCUCUUCACAACUGAGUAUAGAUUCUUCACAUGCUUGCACUGGAAGAGCUUAGGUGUUUGAUAUAUCAAGAUUAUUGGACCGUGUGUGGGUACGUUUGGCUUCAUUACUAUUUGCCCAAUGCAGUGCGGGAUUGAAUGGAGCUUCGCGUUUGAACCCUUCACAUUGUUUUUACAGUUUAUUAUUAGUGGGCUGGGCUGCUACAUAUUUUUUGGAGUUAUGAAUGAAAUGGGAAAAAAAAUUUUAAAAUGUGUGUAUCAGAGUAUCAUUUCUGACCAUCUAGAGGUGCCAUAAUCAAAUUCUUUAUAUCUUAGUCCCAAACGAGGUGGUGGCUAACCUUACAUCUGUGAAAGUCCCUUCCUGCCCCCUCCUCUAUUUAAAAUCCUGGAUCAGCCACUGUGGAUCUCCCGGAAAUGACUUCUUUCAACUUGGGACCCCUGCCUUAUUAAAGAUAAUAUAAAUCAAGUUAUAAUAAUUAGUAGUAGUAUAAAAAGUUAUGUAUAAUACGUUACACCUUUGAAUUUUGAAAGCCUAAUUGUAAUUGUAAUUAUAGUUUUAUUAAAUUAGAUUUUAAAUUUUUGAUGUUAACUUGCACUAUUACAAAAGUGAUAUCGAAUAUUGCAUUGUUAUCUAAACAUUUGAUUUUUGGCAGUAAAGAAAUGGAAGCAAAUUGUGUUUAAAUUUUCAGGCUCUUUGUGUAUGUUUCAGUUGCAUUUUGUUUACUGAAUUGGAAUAUUUAUGUACAGUUUUAGAAUAUUCAGAAAUACUAUACCUAUAUUUAAACACAGAAUUGGCAAAUGUAAAAAAAUACUACAAAUAAAAACAGAGACAGGCAAUGUUGUCCAGUGGGUGAUACACAGUCACUGUAUAUACCUCAGUUGGUAGAGUAUCUGAACAGCAAUUGGAAGGUCUUGGGGUUAAGUUGUGGAAUGCAAACUAUCACAAAAGAAACAGAAAAGACUAUUCAUGUUGAAGUAUAAAUAGCAUCCUCGGAUAAUGAAGUAUGUUUACUUUUAAAAGAGAUCUGAUACUAUCUGAUUUUUGACUCAAGAAUUUUAUGGUUUAAUAAGCACAAACAACCAUGUAAGCUUCACAGAGUGCUAUAAUCUAUUUACUAUAAAUUCAGAUUCCAAAUCUUUCUGUAUUUAAAUAAACAUUGUGUGUUAUAUUCAUUUUUCCAAAUAUUUAAUAAUGUUGUACUGUGAAGCAUAUUGUGGUUAACAAUAAAACA